AUGGCUACGAUGAUUGUUUACCCCGAAACAGGACAAUUUCGACAGGCGAUCACCGAUGUAACCCGUAACGCAUGUCACAACAAACAACUGCCCGUAUUCAGUUUCAUCGGUACCGUCAAAUUGCAUGGCACGAAUGCGGCCAUUGGCUAUCGACAAGGCUCGGGCCACUGGUGUCAAUCACGAAACCGUGUGAUCACACCCGGCGAAGACAACACCGGUUUUGCUCAAUCCAUUGAUCCGUUGGCAGACGAGUUUUUUACCGUUCAUGUUCUUCCUCAUUGCUCGACUAUUCGUGAACAUUACGACCGAGGCGAUAGGAUUGUUAUUUUCGGUGAAUGGUGUGGUGGAGAUAUUCAAGAGAAUGUGGCUAUUUGUGGUCUCAAGACGAUGUUUGUCAUCUUCAAAGUCAAGAUUGUCAAUCAGUUGCCGAAAGCCAAAGCGAGUGUCCAUGACCCAGAGCAGAAGUAUCCAAGGACGUUCUGGGUGGAUCCGACAGAAUGGGCAGAUGUCAAAUGGCAUGAACGUGCCAUCUAUAAUAUUUACGAGUUUCCUAUUUACACAAUAGAAAUAAACUUCAAUCAACCCGAAUGUUCACAGAACACACUGACAGCCAUCACUGAACAAGUCGAACGACAGUGUCCUGUGGGCGCCCACUUCCAGCGAAUUGGUCUUGGCGAAGGAGUCGUGUGGACCGAAUGGGCUGAGACAACAGGAAAUCUCACCUUUAAAGUCAAAGGUUGA